AUGAAAUUGCUAAGUCAAUCGUUUGAGAAGGACUCUAGUGGAGUGGUGGUUCUUGUACCUGAAGAUAAGGAAGAUCUUUGGGCGGUAUAUAAUCUGAUUGCCAAGGACGAUGAGGUUCAACUGACCACAGUGCGAUAUGUCAAGAAGCCUGGGAAAGAGUCAUCCAAAGCAAAGCAAGAGAAAAAGAUCGUGAACCUUAGAAUACAGGUUGAGGAUGUAGAUUUCUCUCCCAUAGAUGAAAUCAUGCGCAUAAAGGGGCGUACACGAACUCAAAACGAUGAUGUGCCCUUAAACUCUUACCAUACGGCAGAGCUCCAAUAUAACCAUAAGUUCUCAUUGUUUAAAUCUGAUUGGGAUCAAGUGGCGUAUGAUAUUAUUACGAAGUCCUGCUCAGUAGAAGAGAAGGCUGAACUUGGCGCUGUUGUGCUUCAAGAAGGUGUUGCUCAUAUUUGCCUUAUUACUGAAAGUCUUACAGUAUUGAGAGCCAAAGUUGAAAAAUCCAUACCCAAGAAACGACGGGGAGAUAAUUCCGCAUACGAUAAGGCUUACACAAAAUUUUUGGACAGCACCGUUGAUACAAUGUUGAGGAAUCUAGACUAUGUGAAGUUAAAAGCUAUUGUAUUAGCCUCUCCAGGAUUUGUGGCGGAUAACCUUAUUACAAAACUCUUCCAAAAAGCGGCGAAGGAUAAUAAUAAGGAACUGUUGGCUGCAAAAUCAAAAUUCAUUGUGACUCACUCUUCUACCGGCUAUUUACAAGGGUUGGAGGAGGCGUUCCAUAACCCUGAGCUCCAGAAAAAACUGAGUGAUACAAAAUAUGCAAAAGAAAUCAGCGUUCUUGAUGACUUUUUCAAGAUUCUGAACUUGGAUGACGGUAGGGCAUGGUAUGGGCCUGAUGAAUGCGAUAAGGCUUUGGAAAUUGGAGGUGCUAUUCGUCACCUUUUGUUGACAGAUUCAUUGUUCAGAUCUGAUAGUAUUUCCCAAAGAAAGAAAUACAUUCAGAUAGCUGAAACAGUGAAAGCUCAAGGUGGAGAUGUCUCGAUUCUCUCCAGCUUGCACGAUUCAGGUAAACAGUUGGAUGAGCUGACUGGAGUUGCGGUGAUCCUUAACUAUCCUAUAUUAGAUUUGGACGAAUGA